AUGGAGAUCAAAGUGCUGUACUUUGCGUCGGCGCGAGAGGAGAUCGGUCUUCGUGAGGAGAAGACACAGCUGCCAGACGGGAUCAAUGCCACAUUGGCGUCACUGUGGCACCUGCUAGUCGACAAGUCCCCGCACCCCGCCUCCACUAUCGAGAUCAUUACGCUUGCGCGCAACCUUGAAUACUCGGGGGAUGACGUGGCACUGGCGGACGGAGACGAAGUAGCGCUAAGUCCGGCGGAUAGCACGAAGAAAACAAAGACAAGUACACACGCGACCGAACCAAGAACUUGA